GAUAUAGCAAGAAUGUCGGACUUGUCUAUAUUGAGCGUGCAGAUACGCAGGUCAAGGUCCGUGGACAGAGAGUCGAAUUAAAAGAAGUUGAGGUUCGGGUUUCUGCAACACUCCCCCACAUGCAGCAAAUCAUUGCAGAUGUCAUUGUCCCAAGCGGCAACAAGUCAAAGGCAAUGGUCGCUUCUUUUGUUGUUCCUCCCGAAUCUGCAGAUGAAAGACAGGAAAGAGAUUCCGGUGAGGCGAUUCGGGUCUUCAGAUGAAAGUCACGACUAGUGAGUCUGGCUUCUCAUCUAGACCCAUCGACUUGGCAAGACUGCAGAAAGCCUGGGAUAUCGUUGUCCAGCGUCACGAUCUUCUGCGCGCUAUUUUCGUUCUUGACUUUCCUGGGAACGACCUAAUUUAUCAAGUCAUUCUGUCAAAUGCCUGCCCCAGCAUUGAGAUCCGGUAUGACUCCAUCGAAUCAGUUGUGACGCAAUCUCUCUUGUCACGCGAUUCUCCUAGUUAUACGUCGUCGAAUCUACAGCACCAACUUGCCAUACACGUAUUGAGUGACUACGAAGCACGUCUGACCUUGGAGAUCAACCAUGCUAUUGUUGAUGGACACUCGACAAAGCUGUUGGCCCAGGAUCUACAAAGAGCCUACCGAGGCGACGCUACCCCCGCUGUUCCAUCUUACGCCGGUUUCGUAUCCUUCGUAGGUAACCAGUCACGCGAUGAGGGUAUACACUACUGGACAGGCCUUCUCGAGGGGGCUGAACUAUGCAACUUCCCAGACUUGUCAGCAUCGAGUCCAUCGGAGGAUGAUGAGAAUGGUACAAACAUCUUCGUUCCGAACCUGGACACGGCGAGAAUUCGGAAAUUCUGCAAGGAUCAAGAAAUCACGUCUGCUACCAUGAUCCAACUGGCCUGGGCAAUCGUCCUGCGGUGGUACACCCGCUCACUGGACACGUUAUUGGGUAUAUUGUGCUCUGGUCUUGAUCUACCAAUAGAUGACGUUGAUGGCAUAUUCGGGCCUCUAAUUGGCAUGUUGACUUGUCGAUUUACUUUUGAUGAGACGAGUGUAGCCGAGGUAUUGCACGACUUGCACACUCGCUACCUUGAGGGUCUACUGUAUCAAACUGUAUCAUUGGCAGAAGUCUAUGAUGCACUGAAUUUGGGAACCAAUGGAUUAUUCAACAGUGUCAUCUCCUUUGAGAAGGACGACUCGCUGGAUCAAGAAAAGAGUCAGCCUGGGAAGCAAGAAGUCAAUCAAGAUUUCGUUGAUGGUCAGAAGUCCCAUGUAGAAAUCGGCUUCUGGCGUGAAUCACAGGCCACGAGCGGCGACUUCAGUACAUAUCCCUUGACUGUGGCAUAUCAAGUCUCUAACACGGGAAGUCUACAUUUGGGCUGCUAUCUCGAUUUACGUAUACUCCCGCAAUGGCGAGCUGACAGGAUUCUUGAAUAACUAGGGAUCUUAAUUCAGCAGCUGUCAAAAAUGAAUCCGGAGGAG